UGACGACGGUUCCCCAAUGAAGUUAUAAACAAGAAGCUGAAACUAUUGUAUCACCGUUUGUUGACUUUCCAUUUAUAUACAUACAUACGCACACACAUAUGUUAACAUACGCAGGCAAACAGCCACCUUGGUUCCUUGACUAAAGAAGACGUUAAAAAAUGUAUUGUUAUUAUUCAUCGUGUCAGUGGGGAAUUUGGCCAGAAACAUUAAUUUCACUUUAGUCAAUCUUCGUAAAUUACUGGGUUGUUGCUGUUGAACCCCAGAUGAACAUCUUUAUAUUUACCAGAACACCACUAAAUCAUGGCUUCUACAAAUUGUGAAAAGCAGAGUAAGAUACGUUCUGUGAAUUAUAUCCCAGCACCAAUAGAGAAAACAUUCCCACUCAAUAAAACAUUCCCAGAUAUGGCAGAUUUAUCGGACUCAUUCCUAGGAGAGAGUAACAGUGAAGUUUUCCUUGACUGGAAUAAAUACCAAAUACAAGUGAAAGAACUCCAACUUGACUUAGCAUCUGAAAGGGAGAAUGCUUUACAGAGCCGGAGGAAAUGGAAUAACCUUAUCACAGAAAAGCUAGAAUUGACAGCAAAAAUGAACAAUGAAUUGACUACAAAAGCCAGUGAAAUUGCCAAAUUGCAGUCUGAACUUGAGAAAAGUGAAGCUGAACGCCAGAAUCUUGAGUAUGAAUUACUGAAGGUGAUACAAGACCAAAAGCUGGCAUCAGACCACGCUGCUAAAUCGAAUACCAAACUUGAAACAGAAAACUCAAAACUUAAAGAUGAAGUUCGGACUCUGGCUGGUAGACUAAACACACUGCAGAAUGAAUUGGAUGACAGUGAACAAAAGGUUAAAACUUUAUCUGCCAAUUAUGAAUCUGUCAUUAAAGAAAAGGAGCAAGAGUUGUCCCAGCUGAAUUCUCAGAAGAGCACACUAGAAUUGGAGUAUCAACAAGAGAAGAUAAUGUUUGAGAAACAACAAAUAUCACUUACAGAAACGGUCAAGAAAUAUGAGGGUGAAAAGUCAAAGCUAGAAGAUGGUUUAAAGAAAUCAUUGAUGGAGCUGAAAGAGUCACAGGAAAAAGAAUUAAACUUAAAACGAGACUUAAAUAUUGCCUUUUCUCAUAUCAAAUCAAUGGAGAUCAGCAUAGAAUCAGAACGAGAAACACACUUAGAAUCUAAAUUCAAGACAGAAGUCAUGCAGAUGCAUGUGCAAGACUUGGACAAAACUCUUCAAAUGGAGCGUACUUCUUCAAAACAAGCUCAGAAGACUUUUGAAGAAAUGAAUAAAAAACUUAGUAAGCUUCAAACUACUUAUGAAGAAGAGAAAGCACUCAACAGCAAAUACAAGACAGAUUUAACAGGACUUCGAGAGGAAUUAUCUCUAAUUCAGAGCAAGAUGACAACUGAAUUGAAUAACAAAAACUCUGUAAUUCACACAAUGUCCAAGGAAACAGAAAUACACCUUAAAAACUUCCAUAAACUGAAAGAUGAACUAUCAAAGGCCAAGAAACGCCAAAUAUACUUGGAAGAAAAACACACUGGAUGUAUGCGUGAGUUAGGCAUCCUUCUACACAACUUUCUGAUUGAAGACAAAUCUAAACUCGCAAAGAAUACAGUGUCUAAACCUGGGAAGCAUGAUCUUCUUCCUGGAAAAUCCUUGAAAUCUGGUGUCUUGACAACUUCAUCAGCAACAGAACAAUUACGUCAAAUUUUGACAACAUAUAAACACAAGGUUGAUAAAGCUGCUGAAGAGAACAUCAAGCAGAAGUCUUUGAUAAAUAGUUUAUCAAAAGAAAUUUCCACUUUCAAAGAGCUGUUGAACACGAAAGACAGAACUAUUGAAGACUCACAGACAAACUAUACGCAAUGUGCUAAAGAAUUAUGUCGACUGAGAUCAAAAUUUAAACAACUUGAAGAAGAAACUUUGAAUUUAAAGAUUGAAGUCGAAUCUGGUGUCUCACUUAAAGAAAAUGACAAAGUCAGGAUUGAAGAAUUAACUAAAGAGAUUAUGAACUUGAAAGCGAAACAUAAGAAGGAAAUGGAGGAAAAUUUGGCAUAUCUGCACAGUGUUUAUCAACGACUGCUGGCCGAUCGACCACUUCCAUACCCAAAAGAAAGAAUUAUUGGUGACUUCUCUUGGUUUGAUUUAACUUUAUUAAUUAACGAACAAGUGUCAUCAGUUCUCAACAGUAUUCAGAAAGCAAAUCAUAAAGUGUCCCAUCUUGAAGAUAGUCUACGUCAAAAAGAGAGUUGUAUAACAGGUUUACAAAAGUCAUACGAAGAGCAACUAAGCCACAUGAUGACUCUGUCUAAAGAAAGAGAACUGACAUGGCAGAAACAGAAAACUGAAAUUCAGAGCCAAUAUGAAAAUGAACUUAGGGUAAUUAACAAUCAGAUUAAGGAUAAGCAAGCAAUAGCAGAAAAGGCCAUUGAUAAAAUGAAGUGUUCUAGCAACAUUCACAAAGAACUGGAAUCUAAGUGCAAAAAAGUUCAAGAACUGCUCUAUAUGCAUACAACACAUAAUGCUCAGCUACAAAUAGUCUGUUGUCUACUUUCUGGUCUUCUCACUCCAUUAUAUACACAAAUUCUUGAUUUAAUUAUGCAGUGUUAUAUUUUAAAAGAAUCCAUCAAAAGAAGUGAGACAACAUUUACUCAUCUACGCCUUUUAAUUCAGAGUUUUAGCUGUCAGUUGUUGAAAUUUGAAGAAGAUAGCAAGAACAAACCUCACAACAAAUUCAGCUAUAAAAAAUCUCCUAUACUGAGGUUCCGUUGCUAUGUUAUUGUUAUUUUGGCUGCUAACCGUCUAAUUUUUCUGUCGAGGACCAACAAACCACUACUUUCAGCUUUUGACAUAGCCUUAGGGCCUGUUUCUCUGAGGGUUCAAGCAAUCAUUGAUCAAAACUUUCUGGAUUCCUUUUCAGAUUGUCUUUCAAAGAAUUUAGAUGAAGGCAAACCUAAAGGCUUGCUUCAGUUAUUAACCAGUCAAAAUUUGAAUGAAUCUCUCAGGAUGUCUGUCACUGAACUCCAAAAAUUUGUCUCAAACGCUACAAAAAAUGAUGUAUCUCAAUUAGAUACCAAAUCAUUCCUUGUUUGUGCUCGUGGGACCUUGAGCCAAAUUGCCAAUAUUCUUGUACAGAAUUUUCAGAAUACCAAUUAUAUGAUCUCAUCAAAUGGCUUAACUAGUAGAGACUCUCUAAUCUCUAGACUAGCUUGUGGCUUGCAGACACAGCUAAGAAUUAGACCACAAGCUACCACCAAUACUCUACUAUACCAGAAAGAUAUGAUACAAUCUCUACAAAACUACACUUCUGAUUUAAAUAGACAUGUUCAGGAAAUGACAACACAAUUACAACAGUUGAAGCAGAAGCAAGAUAAAUCUGCACAAGAAAAAGAACAGUUUGAACUUGAUAAAUCAACUAUUUUCCAUCUACAAGAACAGCUAAAGCAACUGCAUGAAAGGCAACAGCAGCAAAUAUCAGUGGAGACAUUUGAGAAACUUGUAUUUGAACUAAAAUCUUCUAUGCUUCGAGAACAGCGGAAUGAUCAACUGCUGAAAGAGCAAUCUGCUCAGCUGACAGAAAUAUCAUCACAGCUUCAGGAACAGAAUAACAAAGUUGUCCAGAAAGGAAAUAUAUUAUCAGAAGUUACUGAAACUUUAUCCAAGUGCCAAGAUACUCUAAAGACUAAAGAACAAUCAUUAUAUGAAGUGAAGAAUAGAAUAAAACAAAAUAAUAGUGAAAAAGCAGAGCUGCAAGAAAACCUUCUUGAUGCUGAAAGGACUCUGAGAACAGCUGCUCAAGACAAAAUGGUUUUACAGAAAUACUUGAAGUCAGUCCAUAAACAAUUUGACAAGGUGAAAGAACAAAUUAGCUUCUCCAAAACCUGUGAUCCCUGUUCAUCCCUUCCUUUGUUGUUAAAAGCUGAACACAUUCCUUCUGUCAUUGGUAAAACUGCACCAGAACUCAUAGCUUGUCAAAAUUUGGUGAAGUCCUUUGUUGAUUGUCAGCUCCAAGCUUUCCGUAAAGUUGCUAUUCUAGAAGAAGAAGUGAGCUCCAUGCGAGAACACCUUAACACACUGAAAGUUGAAUUUUCUAAUGUUAUUCAUCAAAAAAGAGAUGAAAUGGUAGACUAUGCUUCCUUUCCCUCCAAGGAUGACAACAGUUUUAAAACUAACCUAAAACCAAAGCACAGAGAUAUAUCUUUAAUACCCAAAGACCCAGAACCCAUGGCCCAGGAAAGACAUAGAUCAAUACACAAGAGUAUAAUGAAGAAGUCUCGAUCUUAACAACAACACAAAAUGAAGACAGGAUCUCGAUGCUACAGCUAAUACUAAUAUUAAUAACAUAACUGAUAUCAUUACUACUAAUAAUAAUAAUAAUACAUAUAUAUAUAU